UAUUUAUAAAAACGUGCAUGAAAUUUGCAGUAACAAGUGGGUCAGAAGCAUUAGGUUGGAAGGCAAGAUCUGACUCGUCCGACCUAUUUUUUGCAGGAGUAUAUUGCCAAGCAGUUUGGUUUUAUGCAAGCUCAGAUUGGUUAUGAUAUCAUGGCUGAAGACACUAUCACAGAUUUAGUUCACAACAACAGGAAACUGCUGGAGAAACAUAUUACCGCAACAGAAAUUGAAACUUUUGUCAGCCUUGUCAGAUUAAAAAGAGAGUGCAGGUAUAGUUAUAUUUAACCUUGGGUGCAGUUGGUUUUCUUCAGCCUGAAACUCAUCAUGCUAUUUCGGGUGUUGGCCCUUUGUCAGGUUAUUCAGUAGGAAAAUACAGAUAAACACGGUGAGCUGCAUAGAGCUACAAAGACAGGCCCCUUAUGAUCAACACCCAUAUACCCGACUGCAUACUGCAGGAAUCAAACUCCGAUUGCAGAGAUAAGGCAUUUAUAUACCGCCGACGCAGUUUGAACCAUCGCCUUUUCAGGAAACUCGAAUCCUGAACCCGCCCAGGGUUCCAGUGGCCUGGCCCCAGGUACGAGGAUUUUUGUUAAAAUGGAUUAAACGUGGUUUAUCACAAGCAGUUACUAGUUUGUUUACAACCAUAUCUGUGAUAUUUAAUAUGAUUUUUUCUUACAUUUGUAGAUUUUUGGUGUAUUUAUCAGAUUUGUGUGUUUCUAACAACACAGCCAUACCUGCAACUCAAGAAUUGAUCUAUAAAUCAGUCCUUGAAUCAUCUUCAAACUCUGAUCUCCUCAUAAAAACAAGGUACAAUAUAAUAUACGCGCUUUAUCACGACUUAAGGCUGCUCUCCAGUUAAGCGUUUUUCAUACGUGCGAAAGUUUAAAUCUUUUUAAAUUUUAUUUAUAAAAUAACUAAUUGAAUAAAAGGAAAGAAUUUAGUUUUCUGUGUGAUUUAAUAUGCAUUUGUUGAGGUAAUUAGUACUUGUAUAAAAUUUAGAAAGAUUUAAACUUUUACGUGCGUACACGCACGUAUGAAAAACGCUUAACUGGAGAGCAGCCUUUAAUUAAGUUGCGACUUAUUUUCUCUCGUAUAAAUGGCCCUAUCAGACAGAUUUAGAUCGAGGACGCGGACGUCAAAGACAACGUGAAAAUGGCGUGUUGUGCCCAUGUAUGGAUAUGCCACGCCAUUUUGACGCCAUUUUCAUGGUGCCCCACACGGUGGAACGUUGAAAUUCCAGGUGCUGACGGACUGCUCUGUUUAGGGUUAUCGAUGACGUUGUGCAUGUAGAAUGGUGUACAGACAAUGGAACAGUACAGAAGAGUCAGCAUGAACUUGCUGAUGGUUUUAAACGUGGCGACAGACAAGAUGUUGAAAUUAUGAAUUUUUACAGGUAAGACAGGUAGAAUAACAGGUUAUACAAGUGUGGUCUACAUUGCAGGGCCACUGCAGGAGAUGAGUGUAAUAAAGAAUGGUAUAAAUUUUAUUAGAAAUUUGGCUAUACUUGGUGGUUUCAUUACACUAUCGUUCAGCCGCUGGUGAUCAACCAGAAGCAUAUUUCUUCAAUUGUUGAGAUAAUGUUUAAGAAAGGAAUGAUUGGUGACUUCCAUAUAUUACUUAGAUUAGGGCUAGGAUUAGACUCCUCCGCAGGCAUGUUGUGGUCUAAUGCAUGCGGAGGAGACUAGGAUUAAAGUCGUUGCUAAAGUGGACGGAUGAGAGGGAGGUUUUCAAGAUGGCCGUUGGUUUUCAAAAUUGUUAAAACGUGAAAAACCUUACCGUAAACUCCCUGUCCAUCUCUUUUAGUCAUUAACUUAGGAUUACGGAUUAAGAUUGCAAGGAUUAGCAAUAUUAGGGAGCUUAAAGUGCCUAUGACACGAAAUUUCACCCCAAAGGUUUAUAGUUGCAUUGUAAAGAUCACUUAAAAUGACUUAAUAAUUUCUUUUAUAGAAUUUUGGUAACUUGCUUCCUUUUCAAGAUAUUCAACUUUGUUUCAUAUGCAAAUAUCACCGGUGUGACAUCAUAUCACAUAAUGAGUUUUCAGAAAAGUGUAGUUUUCUUGACAAAUACGUAUCUAAAAAGCUUAAAAAUUGCUCUUGUAUAUGUAUUAAUUUCAUAACUGGUAAUUAACUCUCUGUAUUUGUUUGUAAAAAUAUUUUAUCAAGGUAAAAUAUUGCGUUUUCAAAAUGUCAUUAUGCGAUGUGAUGUCACACCGGUGAUAUUUACAUAUGAAACAAAGUUGAAUAUCUUGAAAAGGAAACAAGUUACCAAAAUUCUAUCAAAGAAAUUAUUAAGUCAUUUUAAGUGAUCUUUACAAUGCAAUCAUAAACAUUUGGGGUGAAAUUUCGUGUCAUAGGCACUUUAAGCAAGCGACGUUUUUGUCACAGUUUAGAAACUGUGUUUGUGUCAGUUUGUUGUAAUUUUCAACACAUACGACAAAGCAUAAGAUUUUUAUAGUUCUUGGCUUCCUUGUACAUGACCAAUAUGAUGCAAAAUCCCGCAAAAAUUAGUUAUACCAUGUUGACAAAAACGUCGAGCACUUGCUUAAGCUCACUUAAUGUAAGGGCAGAGUCGCUGAACGUGAAAUUGAGGAAGUUAUCCUGGAAAAUGAUAAUACUAUAUAUAGUAUGUUUGUAUGAUGUUACUCUGAGUGUAUAUCCACACCGGGCAGGCUUGAAAAAUAUGCCUGGCCACGGCAGGAUUCGAACCUACGACCUUUGGAAUACUAGCCCAAUGCUCUUCCAACUGAGCUACGCGGUCAGGACGGUUCGAGUAAGCGAUAUUUCGGAACUGAGUCUAGUUCCUUCGAUAUCAGUGUAAUCUAAUAUUUAUGAAAUCUGCUGUGUUGGUGUAAUGUACUCAGGUGAAUAAGAUGUUUGUAUGAUGUUACUCUGAGUGUAUAUAUCCACACCGGGCAGGCUUGAAAAAUAUGCCUGGCCACGGCGAGAUUCGAACCUACGACCUUUGGAAUACUAGCCCAAUGCUCUUCCAACUGAGCUACGCGGUCAGGACGGUUCGAGUACUGAAGCGAUAUUUCGGAACUGAGUCUAGUUCCUUCGAUAUCAGUGUAAUCUAAUAUUUAUGAAAUCUGCUGUGUUGGUGUAAUGUACUCAGGUGAAUAAGAUGUUUGUGUGAUGUUACUCUGAGUGUAUAUCCACACCAGGCAGGCUUGAAAAAUAUGCCUGGCCACGGCGGGACUCGAACCUACGACCUUUGGAAUACUAGCCCAAUGCUCUUCUAACUGAGCUACGCGGUCAGGACGGUUCGAGUAAGCGAUAUUUCGGAACUGAGUCUAGUUCCUUCGAUAUCAGUGUAAUCUAAUAUUUAUGAAAUCUGCUGUGUUGGUGUAAUGUACUCAGGUGAAUAAGAUGUUUGUGUGAUGUUACUCUGAGUGUAUAUCCACACCGGGCAGCAGAUUUCAUAAAUAUUAGAUUACACUGAUAUCGAAGGAACUAGACUCAGUUCCGAAAUAUCGCUUACUCGAACCGUCCUGACCACGUAGCUCAGUUGGAAGAGCAUUGGGCUAGUAUUCCAAAGGUCGUAGGUUCGAAUCCCGCCGUGGCCAGGCAUAUUUUUCAAGCCUGCCCGGUGUGGAUAUACACUCAGAGUAACAUCAUACAAACAUCUUAUUCACCUGAGUACAUUACACCAACACAGCAGAUUUCAUAUAUAUAUAGUAUAUUAUAACAAAAGUUUACUUUGAUGUUUGACUGUGAUGUUUUUUGUGUAGACAUCAACUGGAUCUAUUUGCAUACAUGUGUUUUGAUCGACAAUACUUGGCAAUCAAUAGACUAAGCGAACAACUAGAUGUUGAUCUUGUUCAAAGGUAUAUACGUUUAUGUGUUUUACUAAAUAUUGCUAUACUGAUUGUUAUGUUUAUGAUAUGUGUUGAACUACUUUCCUUGUAAGUUAUACUACUGCAUAUUUAAUCACUUGUAAUGAACUGCAUAAUAACUUACCUACACUGUUAUUUUCGUAGAUGUAUGGCAGAUGAAGAACUGCCUUGUGAACUUCGAGCAGCAUUUUGUCGUCUCAUGUUACAUAUGCACAUCGAUAGAGAUCCACAAGAACCAAUAACUCCAGUGAGAUAUGCACGACUGUGGUCGGAAAUUCCACUUCAACUCAGCAUUGAUGAGUAAGUACUAUGUAUAUAUUAACUCUACUUGGCUAGUUUUCCAAAGGUCGUAGGUUCGAUUCCCACCAUGGCCGGGCAUAUUUUUCAAGCUCGCCCGGUGUGGAUAUACACUCAGAGUAACAUCACAAACAACUCUACCAUAGUUCAUAUAAUGUUGAGAUGAAUCUGGAGGUGUAGAAAUCUUACGUAUUAAAUUGUCGGGCGAUUGAAGCCUUUGCUAUUAGACGAUCGCUACAUUACGUUAAAAAACAAUACAACGGUCACUCACCAUUCAUGUUCAUCAGGUAUAGUUGUAUCCUCUAUAUACACACGUUCGGAGUUUGAAAACUUAGAAGACUUUUUGUGGACCUCCUAAUCUAUAUGUUACUAUAUUUUCUAUCAGCCAUGCUUAAUCCUGGGAAUAGGAGCAUAUAUGGCUGUAUCACAUCUAACAAUAUCGUUCUCCAAGUAUAUUGUAGGCGAAGGAGUCCCGUGCGCGAAGUGCCGAGUUCUCUAAAUUAUUUAUGUGAAAAAGAAAUGACAUCUUCUAGUUGAAACUUACAGCCUAACCAAUGUUACUUAUUAUUUUUCUUGUAUUUCUUGUUCAAAACGAGCGCUUAAUACUGUAUAUUGUAUAUUACAUAUUAAAUGACUUCAAAUUUUCUUUUGAUUAGUUACGACAAACAAGAUAUUUUUGGAAAGAAGAACCGCGCAAAGUUCACAAAAACCGUCGACUUUGUUGAAGCAUACUUGCGGCAAAUUAGUUCAAAUAUCUGGGCAUUUAACAACAAGGAACAAAAUAAACUGACAUACGAGGUUUGUUAUGUUAGAAUAAUAUGCACAGUAGAUCUUACCAUCAAAUGACUGCAAAGUAGAGCUGCUUCCAAUUAAUCGAUUAGUCGAUUAUUUUUUCGUUUUUUUUUCCGUAAUCGAUUAUAUUUAACAAUAAUCGGAGCAAUCGGAUCAUCUAUAACAAUCCUGGGCCUCGUACCACCUGAAUAAACGCCUGUUUGCAGGCUACAAUCCUGCAGACAUGAUGGAUUCAAUAGUAUUUCCUUUUACUGACAGGUAACCUUGAUCCUGAUUUAUGUUUUUCAGAUAUUUAGUAGCGUGUUGAGUCAUUUGGUCUUCAUAUAACUUUAAAAAUUUCAUACACGGUUUUUAUUAACUUUCAGUUGAAAAUUGAAAAAUCGCGCUGCGUUUCAAGAGCGGAUUUUUCCUUUACAGUAUUAUUAGAAGUGUCAAACGUAAACUAUAAAAGAUCUUGUCAGUUGUCUACUUCUGUGAACUCUGCGUGCGCGAGAACUACGUGACCAAUAAUUUCAAACGUAGAUAUAUAACUGGGGCCGGUUGUAUCAAGCCCGUUUAGCUUAAACGGUGGAUAAGUCAAAAUUAAAUAACACUCUUAUAUCUUUCGUGAAUCAGUCAACUUAAAUAUUCUGCACUGAAUAUAUAGUUGUAAACAUUAUCGUUCUAUUAAGGUUCAAAACUUUUAGUUUGGUUGUUUAAUGAAUCUAUAGACUUGCUUUCUAUUUUGAGCUUAACCACCGUUUAAGCUAAACGGGCUUGAUACAACCGGCCCCUGAUUGUUGGGUGACAACAAAGUAGACACAUGUCAAAUUUAAAUUAAUUGACCAAUGUGAUUAAUUGGUAAUAAUGAUUAAUCGAUUAUGAAAAUGAACCGAUGGGAGCAGCUCUACUGCAAAUACCGUUGGUAUGUUUUCCAUCUGCGGCUGUAGAUCUUUACAUGCAAACGACGGUAUCCGGGUCCUAGUGAAGAAUACAUUGUAUGGCCUUGUUUUCUGUCCUCCCAUCCUCGCACUAAGGGCCUGCAAGGGAGAAUCGAAAGAUGCUUGCACAAGCGUCUACGGAAAAUGCACAAGCGGUGUACUGAAAAUGUACAUAUUUUGAGAUAAUACUAAAAUGUUUAAUAUUUCUGAUUCAUUAAUUUAUUGUUAAAAUGGAAAACUAUAAUUUUUUCUCUAAUAAUUUGAGCGUGGAGUUUAUAAUAAGAAAUGUGACAUGUUUUUCGUUGGUUGGGAGGUUCUUGAACAUUUUCAUUCAUUUUUAGGGCUUGCCCUAAACUUGGAGUGUGCGGGUUGAUGUUUGGAAUAGAGAUGAGACCUACAUGUAAUAUAGUGUUGUUUGUUUGUUCAAUAGGUUGUUCAAAUAGCUCGACACUUGAUAUAUUUUGGAUUCUACGGUUUGAAUGAUUUGAUCAAACUUACAAUGAAACUUCUGGCUAUCUUGGAUGGUGAACAGCGAGCUUAUGAUCGUGCUAAUGCUGUGAAAAAGAAAACUGCAAGUAUGUGACCGUGUGCCUUCUCUACCUAAUUAACGUGUGGCUGUCGUGUUAGGUGCAACAUACUGGGACGCCAGUCACGCUCAGCGAUCGUUAUGUAACAUGGGAAAAGCCGAUCUGCACGUGAACACAAUUUCUCAUAUUUUGUUUUACUUUGCUGACGUAUUUGAGAAACUUACCACAGAAUAACGCGUACAAAAUUUGGCAAAAAAGAAUAACUUGCCUACAAAGACUAAACUCAUGCAUAUAUGUCUUCGCUGUUUAGUAAAAUAUAUUAUUGAAAGUACAUUGAUCUGGCCUAAUCAUUAGAGAUUCGAAGGGUCAUAGAUAUUUCCUACAAUCGUACUCUAAUCCUGUUCCUAACAUUAACACCAGUCCUAACUUAAAUUACUUCCAAUACAAAACUGCGCACCAAAUUUUUUGUGACCUCAUUUUGGGAUUUUUAUAUGGAAAAUCACCCAGAAAAAAUGCGACAACGUGUGCAAAAAUGUUGAUAACAUUUCUUUUCUUUUUAGUGACAUCAAAACGGGAUGUCUCGAGGUCUGUGAGUACAAUAGGUACCCUCAUGACCCGCAUGGUCUUGCCUGGUGCCAAAGAUCCCUGGGGAUUAAUAAUGUCUUCUGAUAAAAUGAGCAAUUUGAAAUGCUCUGAUAUCGAGAAAGAUCGCAUUGUUAUGGAAACAAAAGUGAAGAUUAUUGAAAUUUUAGAGUUUAUUCUAAAUGUUCGUCUGGAUUACAGAAUUUCAAGUCUACUGACUAUAUUCAAACGAGAGUUUGAUGUUAAGAAUGGCAGCGCUGUAGGAAGUGAAGGUGAGAAUACUUUAUCUUCACCUGUUAUUGGUGAUUCGUAAUUUAUUUGUGGUGGAGCGCAUAUAUGCAUAUAUACCCUUCUCAAGUUCGGACUCUCGCGAACAAAAAUGUUAUGUUAUUGUUUUUUUUUUAAAAUUAUGAUAUCAUAUACAUAGGGCCUGGGACUUUGCUCACCCGAAAUUGUAAAUCAACAAUAAGAACGACAUGCCCGUUAUGUAUUUUCAGUUAUCCUGACGCCACUUUUCACUUAUUAAAAUUCGAAUGCAAUACUCAACUGAAGAUGUUACUCUUCAAUUCUCAUGUAUCGAGCCGCUACAAAAUUUACCUUAGUUACCACUUUGGCAGUGACAGUGUAUGAUUGUAACACCGAAUGGGCUGGCAAAGUUUCGUCGGCUCAAAAUCUCCUUGCCCUUUGCUCUAAGACAAAAUCCCUUCAAACUAAAACUGGAUAUAGUAAGUUGACGUGUAGUAAUGGAUUUUUUGUGGUGUUUAAAUCGAGGUUUAAAUGUCAACGUGAGGCAUUUUCCAUGGGAUUGACAUUGACAGGAUAACUGUCGCGGAAAAUACGUACAACAUACAUGUCUACCGUUCAUAUCACUGCUAUACGACUUAUAUAAACAUAGCUUGACAUAAUGUAUGUAUUGAAAACUAAACGUUGGUCUCCUCAUUGUUCAUACUGUGGAAUUCCUGGGAUAACACAGAAUUUAAUGAAUUUUACAAUUGCUUUAGGAAUUGAUCUAGAGCGUGUUGGAAUUCAAGCAGAACAGUUAUUUGGAGGCUCCGGGUAAUCAUUCUUUUUGUAACAAUACUCAACAAUAAUUAUAAGUAUUGUACAUUGUAGUAAUUAGGUGUCUUCUGAUUGGCUUGCAGUUAAAUAUGCUGUAUGGCAAAAUCAGACGAUUAAUUUUUCUAUUUAUAUUUAUUUAUUGUUUAUUUACUUCACAUAGUUCUUACAUUAAAUACUGCCAACCACCUAUACUGCUCUAAAAUUAUAAUAGAACAAGGAUUAAUAACACCAUGCGAGUUCUCAGUUUUAGAAUACAAAUAAAAUUUCUUUGUUUGAAAGAGUUUAAAAUUUUGUUUACUACAAUAAAGAGCCAGUAAUGGAGAUAGCAUAAUUCCUACAUGAAACUUUUUCAGUACACGCUAUCCAAAACUAACAAUUUGCAUUUGUAUACUGUAUGUUAAUGCAUAAUGGGCUGGAGCUAGUUACGAAAUGGAAAUAUUCAAAAAUCGAAAUUACUCAAUAUCAUGUGAUGUGUAUUGGAUUUUAUUCCCCAAGUAGUCAUAGACCUGUGCUUUUCAGGAAAAAAGUACGGAAAAUGGAGUUCUAUUCUGUGUCCAGUACCAGAUCCUUCAUUCCUUUACACUGGAUUAGAUGUGCUGGUUAUCUGAGUGUACAUGACUUACGACUGUGCAUUCUUUGUUCCUAGGACCAGUAUCGUAGGAGCCAAAAUUACUCACGACUUGGAUUUUGAUGGAACUGGUGGUUGCACAUUUCUUCGUGUACUCUUAUCCUUGAUUAUCCACGACUAUCCACAACUUGUUGUCGGAGCUCUGAAGCUUUUACUUAAGCAUUUCAGUCAAAGACAAGAAGUACUUCACGCUUUCAAACAGGCAAGUUAGUUGUGUUGUGGUAUAGAUAUUAAUUAGGGUGUUGUUUCACACCAACGUUGGUUUCAGCGUAUAAGUACGUAAAUAAAGCAGCCGCGGCAAGUUUUGCGAUUUACUAUUCUAAAAACUAUAAAUUAAUUUUAUUUAUAUUGCAUAGUUUUAACAGUUCUGUCUAAAUUGCUCUCGCUAUUUUUGUUAAAAAAUUGGAUCACCUGGGGAGGACCUGUGAUAUUAGUAAGAUAUUUGUUACUACUGAUAAGAUGGAGAAAUAACUAAGAUUAUUUUGCCUGCAAUCAAAUUCUGCCCGCCAAUGUAAAGGCAAUGCCUGCGGACGACAGUAAGUAAGUCCUGCACUAUAACCACUGUGUGAAACUAACAAUUUUGUCGCAUCGCUUACCUGUUUCACUUAAAGCUUUACAUUUCGAGAAUGAAAUAUAAAUUGGUGAACUAAAUUAUGCACCGGUGAUGACAAUAUGUUAUAUUAUUAGGUGCAACUGUUGGUCACAGCCAAGGAUGUGGAAAACUACAAAACUAUCAAAGAUUCCCUUGAUGAACUGAGAUUGUUAGUGGAGAAAUCAGAGUUGUGGGUAUUUAAAGCGAAAAAGAAAUCAGACGGUAAAAAGGGUGAAAGUAAUAGGAAAAAGAGCAACGCAAAAGAUCAGUCAAAAAUGGAUGGGAAAUCCCUGGAAAGUUUUUCCGAAAGUGUCGACUUACAGGUAUGAAAAUAAAAUUAGGUGUUGAAAAUAAAAUAAGGGUUGUGUGCAAACAUUUAACGUUUUCUUAUAGUUUUCUCCAGUACAGCGAUUUGGUACUUCAGUUCACAGUAUUGCUCAUAUUAAGUAACUUGUAAGCGAGAAAAGAAAGCGUCCCUUACUUCCUGAGACUAACAAAGCGAAAGCAGUAAGAACUUUUUAAUACCCCAGCGGCCCAGCUUAUUGUAGAAGAUUAGGCUAUAUCACAAGCUCCACCGAACUUCUACGUUUUCACUUUUGUCUUUUCUUGUGCUUGUUUUGCUUUUAAAAACAAGGCUUAAACAAACAUGCGCAAGCCUAAAAGUCGUUUAUAAUUAAAACGAAAUCCUCCAUAAACCCGUACUGUUCAUGUAUUACAACGUAAAUGUGCUUCUUCUUUGUGAUGUAUUUUUAGACUUUCCCCAAGUCUCGCUCGAGUUGGUUUCAUUUUUGAUAGGGUCUAUGAGAUGAGAUUCAUUGUCAAUCUGGUCUAUCCAGUCUACUAUGAGAUCAAUAGACCCUAUCAAAAAUUAGCCAAUUCGAGCGAAACUUGGAACAAGUCUACUGUAUUUUCAGCGCCAUCACCAGGGAAACGAAAUAUUCAUAGUUAAUGAUAUAACUCAUUGUUUAUCGUCAAUCUUGUUUUUGUUGUAGACAUAUCGUUCACGACUGGCGAGUGAAGAGUCCCAAAAUGAAGAUAACGCAAAUGAAGACACCAGUUUGUUAACAAACUACCAAACCAUCAAGAAGGUAAAACCAUACGUUAUGUGUCCUUGGCCUUAUAAUAUGAAUGUAUAUAAAUUUUUAAAUGUUCGUGGAAUUUGGGAAUUAAAUUAAUGUUAAUAGACAUUUACGUUACCAACCAAUCCAGUCGCAUGUUUCAAAGCUUAGUCACCUUUCUUCCAUUGUAUGCUAAUAAACUUUACUGUUUAUUGCACUUUUGCCCCAAUGGCCUCGUUUCCAUGUUUACCUGUUUUAGCAUGGCAGGUGCACAUGCAUGAAGGGUAUUUAACAUGUAGAUAAGAUUUUGCCGUUGUCUGUUCAGUUAUAGAUACAGUAUGACGUCAUAAUGUGGGAAGAACAAAAGGGGAGUGGGUCACUUUUUUGUUCAUUAUGACGCCAUACUGUGUAUCUAACUGAACAGACAACGGCAAAAUCUUAUCUAUUUGUUUUAUAUAAUAAAAAGAAAAACCACGAAUUAAACAGGUAAAUAGCUUAUUUUUUAUCCACCCAAACAUUCGGAAAUUUGAAAAAGUCGACAUUUUACAAAUAUCACGCGUACAUGAUCAAAACAAAUAAGGGGAUGCUAUUGGCUACCUUAAGUCAUUUUUAUUUAAAACCCAAAACAAAGUUUUGUGUGACGUAAUUCCGCGCGUCUCUCCUCAAAUAGAUCAUGGCUCUCGACCAAUGAAAGCGCUUGAAUUCUUAACGUUAUUAUAUAAAUCCACAUGCAUGUUUCGUGCAUGAAUAUAUGUUUCUCUUUGAUCUUGAGCCCAAUCACAGAUCUAUCAUUCACCCUAUUGUUCACGAAACAUGAGGAAAUAACCAUAUGAAAACGAGGCCAUCGGGGAAAGAGUGCAAUAUAUAAACAGUACGCUCUAGUAUCAUAAUAAUGCUAAAUGUGAAUUGAGUGACAGCGGGCAUAAGCAUGCGUGCAUGUACUGGACAAUCAAGAUUUACUGUUUCCUCUGUUACAGAUCCUUGAACAUCUGUGUGAGUUAUGUGUGACAGUUACACAUGGCAAGAAAAAGAACAACAAACACGAACAAAGAUUACUUCGUAAUAUGGGAGCUCAUACAGUCGUUGUUGAACUUCUCCAGAUUCCUUAUGAAAAGGUAAGACAAAACUUUUAUAAAUUUUAUAUACCAUUGUUAAAUCAAUAUACACACCCCAUGACAUGGCAGUCUUCUCACCCUACGCGCAAGACGCAAGACCGAAAACCUUGCUGGGCAAGGGUGGUUAUGUCGGAUGUGAUAUUAGUACCCAGGCGAUAUAGAACUUGGGAAUAUGAAUCCAAAGUUGAAUUUUCCAUUAUGUGUGUUACAGGAAUGGUGGUAGUAAGCUAACAAAACAAAUUGGUGGGUUGAUAAGUGAUGGUAGACCCAAUGGAUAUAUAUAGUACCACUUACCAAAUGAGAGAAAGCCCUUCCAAGGAAGUUAUACACUUUCGUUGCUAGCUGUAACCGUAUUUGGUUUAUCACUUCAAAUCUACGAUUUUACAUGAAAGAAAUAUUUUUUGUACUAUUUAAAACACGAGUAGGAGUGUUUUGUCAGAUAUAAAACGCGAGGCGCAGCCGAGCGUUUUAUAUCUGAUAAAACACGACAACGAGUGUUUUGAAUAGCUUAAAAUACGACUACAAAAGAAUACUAAUUAGGAUGAACCAUUAUAUAAUCAUGCUAAUUAGGAUGAACAAUUAUAUAAUGCCACAUGUGUUUUAUCAGAUAUAAAGUCACUCCACGUGAUAUAUUAUGGCUGACAUGAUUUGCCACAAGGUUUAUGAAUUAUUAAUGAGUAUUUUAAAUUUCUAUAGAAAAAAGACAUCUACAUGAAAGACGUAAUGACGUUAGCUCACGAGUUUCUACAGUUGUUUUGUCUGACCAACAAACAUAACCAAGCAAUCUUAUAUAAACAUUUGGAUCUGUUCCUUGUUCCUGGGGUAAGAUUUAAAAUUGAAGUUGGGAUUAUUGCAUGAUGUUCGCCAUCUAAGAUUUUUAAAAUUGUAAUCACCGGCAAAUGAGGUCCGUUUGUUCGUUUUGGGGGACAACAAAUAUUACUGUACAAGUAUGAAAAGUUGCAUGUGAUCGAUGUGUCUCACAUAAUAUGACACGUUUUGUUGUAAAAAAUCUUUCGUGAAUGUGGUUAUACUCCCCGAUUCUCAUACCUUCAUGCAAUGAAUAAACUAUAGUUCAUUUAUCACACGGUUUAUUUGAAAAUGUUUUUAGAGCAAAUUGUGCAUACUUAAUUAAGUGACACAUGUUACGGUGUGAAAACCUAAAAAGUUUUCAAGUUCGCAUUAUCGUCAUAAGCUAAAUUUGCACAUUCAUAUGAUUAGGUUAUUGUAGUUUAAUUCCAAAUAUGGUUUACUACAGUAAAACGUCCUGUUGCCACAGAGGAAUCGCCGGUGGAAACACAAUCUUUUUUCACAUUCCAUUGUCUGUAUUCCAUUGUCUGUAUGAUUUGCUUAUAAAUUUUUAUCCACAUCUAGCUUCAGGAAGCCCAUACACUGCAACAUAUCUUUCAAGAUAACUUAUCUUUAUGUAAUGAAGUUCCCGACAAGGUUAUUCAUCAUCUUGUACGAGCCAUUGAAACUGAAGGUCGCCAGGUGCAGUAUUUGAAGACUUUACAAACGUUAGUGAAAGCAGAGAAUCAAGCUGUGAGAAAAUGCCAGGAUUUUAUCAUGGUAGAGGUAUGAAUAUCAAUUGGAAGAUUAUUUUGUUCCCGUUUACUUUAUUGUACCUGCUGUACGUAAUCAUUUGGAGUGUAUAAACUAUUCGCACAUGACAAUAGACCUUAUGCAUAAUGACGUCACAAGGCUUGAUUCCCGCGAGGAGUGCUGGUCUUAGUAGUCAUCGCCCGGGAAAAUUUCGAUAGUGGCCAUUUUGAAUUGUUUAACUUUCCCUGGCGAUGAGUACUAAGACCAGCACUCCACGCGUGCAUCAAGCCUUGUGACGUCAUUAUGCAUAAGGUCUAUUAUUAACGUGCAUUAUAUACUAGCAAGAAGUAUUCUCAGCAACUUUGCCAGAUAAAGCAUGAGGGGAGGGGGGAGGCAACUGCCCACUCCAAUAAUUUUCGGAAAGCCUUUGGGUGGUGGCUCUGUAACAAAGCUGUUACAAUUAAUUUUACAACAACAAACAUUAGCGUGCUUUAAGUUAAGCAAAUUUGCCUGACAUUUAGUGAAAAAUGUUUAAAACAAUGCAAUUUGUAGCAACAAAAUGGUGCAUGCAUGGUAAUAUGAUGGAUUUCAUCCUCAUGAACUAUAUUAAAGUCCUCCAUCCUCAUUCAGUCGUAUAUUGUUCCGAAGUCUGCUCAUGUAAAUCUUUAAAAUAACAACUUAUUUUAAAUUAAUUUCUUAAUUAGUUUCUGAAUGCUGGAGAAGAGGUGCUGUUAUUUUUUAAUGAAAGAAAGAUGCAAGAACCCUUUUUUGAACUGAUGAGAUCUGAGACAGACAAUCUAAGUGAAUCAAGUUCUAUUGCAUAUCACAUACAUCUUGUCAAGCUCUUGGCUACGUGCACUGAAGGAAAGAAUGCUAAUACUGAAAUUAAAUGUCAUAGUCUGCUUUCAUUGGAUGAUAUUCUCAGAGUUGUCACACAUCCUGACUGUAUGUCUGAAGUAAGUAGUGAUACAUACAUAUUUUGCACCACAUCACACGUUGAUGAGCAGGAGAAGUGACUGGAUUUUAAUGCCGAGGCUCCUCAGCUCGACUUUUUUCUCUUUGCUUUCCAAGAUAAAAUGGAUAAAUAUUGUCUCAUUCUGCUUCAAGGGAAAAUAUUCUAAGUUAUCAUUAACUUUCAUCAAAAUGUAUAUGUAUAUAUAUGACGCUUACAUGGUGAAAGUGUUUCGCCAACUCUGUUGCAUUUUCAGCUUGUUCAAUCAUGACUGCUGAUGCGAAUACGACGAAUGUCGGAACAAAAUAACAAAUGAGCAAUCAGACAUAAAGUGUACUCUUAUACUAGUAUUCAGUGUAGGAUACUAAUUGUCAAAGUAAUUAUAUAUUUUUGAAAAUUUUAACUUUUAAUUCUGUUAACUUUACCUUUAUUUUAUAUUUCAGGUGAAGGAUGCGUAUAUUUACUUUCUUAUUCACUGUUAUGUGGACACAGAAGUCGAGAUGAAAGAAGUGUAUACCAGUCAUCAUAUUUGGGCGUUGUUCGAUAACUUUUUAUUGGAUAUGGCAAGAGUAAGAUAGAGUGGAGUUUCGUCCAUAUUUAGAUAUAGAAACAGGGCCGCCCAGAGGUUGGCGGGGGCCCGGGACAAAUUUUUUUAGGGGCCCCUAUCUAAAAAAAUUGUUCCCGGAAAAUUUUUU